UCCUCGAUCUAUCAAAACGCGAACUAUACUUAAAAUUGAAAUGUACAGACAAUAUAUAAAUGGAGUCUUACUGACUGUAUACUUAAUCGUCAUACUUGGAAUACUUCAACAUUUGCUAAUCACCAGAAAGUAUCCACUACGAGUGUGGUACCUUGGUGGUGAAACAAGGCUGAAUGUCAAGUCUCGUUCUUCAAAGAAUACUUCUAUCUAUACCGGUAUAAACUCCUAUAGAACAUCACAAGAAACUGUUCAAAAAUCAACAUCCCCUCUUCGUUUGAAAACGACAAGCAUCAAAUCGAAUGCACAAACUUCAUCCACUGCUCUGGAAACUUCUACAAUCGAAGACGCUACGACUGUGAAAAGUUUUUCGUCUUCAACCUAUUUUCCGAAGAAAGAACCCAAAUUCUUACUAUGUGUUGGAACCAUGGGAAGGUUAGGAAACCAUAUGUUUGAGUUCGCAUCUGGAUAUGGCAUUGCUGCUAAAAAGAAUAUGGUUUCGGUUAUUAAGCAACGAGGAUUAGUAGACUCUGUGUUUGAACUUAAGAAUGACAGCCAUCUUUUGCUUGUGCCUGAUUUGAAGGCAUGUAAAGGAAUACCCCAGAGAUAUGAAAGGUGGUGUAGUCGUUACGAUCCACAAUUGGAGAAUUUUACUGUGGUUUCAAACAUAUUUAUGGGCUGGGGACUUCAGUCGUGGAAAUAUUUCAAUGAUUCUUCUCAAAAUCUGCGAAAACAAAUGACGUUUAGAAAACAUAUACGUCAAAAAGUGACUGAAAUUCAAGAAAGAACUUGGAGAAAAUUCAAUUUUACGUCACGAUCUGACGUAACGUUUAUUGGUGUUCACAUACGCCGUGGAGACAUGCUGACGGACCCACUUGGCUAUGACGUAGCUACUCCUGAAUAUAUCUCUCGCGCAGUAGAAUUUUUCAAAAAGUAUAAAAAUACUAUUUUCCUAGUAUGUUCAAUGGACUUAGCUUGGUCGCAAAAAUAUAUGCCAAAGAACGUUAGAGUGGAAUUUAGUGUUGGAAAUACACCGGAAGUUGACAUGGCUCUGUUGGCCUCUUCUGACCACGUGAUUCAAACAGUGGGUACAUUUGGGUGGUGGUCUAGCUGGCUGAAUAAUGGAACCGUGAUUUAUUACAAAUGGCCAGCAAAGGAGGAUGGGAAACUAAGGUCAACAUUUAGUGCUGAUUAUUCAGAUUUCUUUUUACCUUCCUGGAUUGGAAUGUAAUUCUUCCAUAGUAAAAAGUGAAAGACUAAACCCUAAACCUUGACGUUCGCAGUCCUGUUUUCCUGAAAU